GGGAAAAGGGGGAGGAAAGGGAAAGAGAGAGAGAGAGAGACUCCCCCGCCCUGUAUCUCUCACACAGCGACGAGGGAGACGGACGGAGCGCAACGCGCCUGGAGAGGGAGAAAGAGAGGGAGGACGAGAGGAAGAGAAAGAGAGAGGGAGAGAGAGAGAGGGAGAGACCACCACAGCCAAGCGCUUUCACACAUCCACCCCCUCCCUAUACACACAUUCAACGCCUGCUCUUUCCUCCCGCUUUCCCCCUUCCAACCCCAAAGCACCACACACACACACAGACACACACACAGCACUUCCAGGUAUUUGCUUAGUGACUGGGCGUCUUGAUUUCUCUCCCACCCACCCCCCUCUUUAACUCUCUCUCUUUUCCCCCCACUUCCCUUCUUUCCUCCCCUCCUCGCCGCCCUUUACAGUUUGUUUACAAGUAUCAAAGUUGCCAUUGAGCCGCCGCCAAAGACACCUCGGGAUCCUUAAUACAAAAUAUUCGUAUUUUUAGCAUCCUUUGUGUCAAGGGGAGAGAGAAAAAGAAAGAGAGAGAGAGAGAUGUGCGACUAAUUAAAAGGCAGAACAGGCGACUUUUAAAGCCAAGCCCCCUCCUUCCCCAAAUCCAGAGACUGUGUGGAGCGUGGCCGGCCAGGGAGGAGGCGGCGGCGGCGGCGGAGGAGGAGGAUGCUUCCGGAGGAUGCCUGGGCGUCUGGAGCGAUGAGGAGUUCCCCGCGAGAGGAUUAACGAGCGGAGCGGCCCCGCGGCCCCUCCCUUCCCUUCUCUCCCCCUUGCCGCCGCCCCUGGGCGCCCCCCCGCGGCCCCCGUGGCCCUCCUCGGGGCCUUGCCCUUCCCCUUCCUCCCCCCUUCCUCCUCCUCCUCCUCCGGCCCCUUCCCCACCAUGAACAGCAACGUCUGCGUGGAGCCGGGCCCUAACCCGGAGGCGCCGGGUGGGCUGCCCAAGGAGAGCCACCUGCCCGAGGCGGCGCUCAACAGCCUGGCGGAUUACAACUCGGAGAUGGAGCGCUACCGCUCCUUCGCCACCUCUUUCUACAAGGCCAACGGCGGGGCUUUCCCGCAGGCGGCGGCGGCAGCAGCAGCGGCGGCGAAGAUCGCCCGCAUCACUACACCUAUUUUCCCCUCGGCUGCCGUCUCCGCCGCUGCCCGUAUUGGCAUGUCGCCCUGGAACUGCGACUCCGCUACAGCCGCCGCUGCUACUGCCAUGCUCUGGGGCAGCAGCGGGGCCGGAGGAGGAGGCGCCGGAGUCCCCAACUCAGCCGCUGCCGGAGGAGCCGGAGGAGGAGGAGGCGCAGGGCUGGUGGCGAGGAAAGCCGCCGCUGUGGUUGGAGCCUCCGCUUCCUCCGCCGCGCCUCCGCCGCCUGGAUCGUCUUUACACGCCAACCGGAGCAGUUUACACCACCGGAGUGAGUCCCAGCGGCUUGGGAAGCCCCCCGAGCAGCAGCAGCAGCCGCCACAACCGCCGCAACCGCAGCCUCCUCCGCCGCCUCCGCUGCAAAUGGCCAAUAACAACUUCCUCUCCUCGCUGGGCCCCGAGCAUUGCAGGCCGCUCUCCGGCGAGUGCAUGAACAAGCUCAAGUGCGGCGCCGCCGAGGCCGAGAUCAUGAACUUGCCGGAGCGUGUGGGCGCGUUCCCGGCCAUCCCGGCUCUCGGGGGCCUCUCUUUGCCGCCCGGGGUCAUCGUCAUGACGGCGCUCCACUCGCCCGCCGCCGCCUCCGCCGCCGUCACAGACAGCGCCUUCCAGAUCGCCAACCUGGCGGACUGCCCGCAGAGCCACGCCGCCGCCUCCUCCUCCUCGGCCUCUUCGUCCGCUUUGGGAGCCGCUUCCUCCGCCGCUGUGGCCGGGGGAGGAGGAGGAGUAAGCGGAGGAGGAGGAGGAGGAGGAGGGUCGGGAGGCGGCACAGGGUCCGGCAACCCGGCCAAGAAGAAGCGGAAACGGUGCGGGGUGUGCGUGCCUUGCAAGCGGCUCAUCAACUGCGGCGUCUGCAGCAGCUGCAGGAACCGCAAAACGGGACACCAGAUCUGCAAGUUUAGGAAGUGCGAGGAGCUCAAGAAAAAACCUGGCACGUCGCUCGAGCUUGUGCAGCCUGAGGAUGUGGGCAGGAUUCUUGGAAGUGUGAGGCCGGCGAUCUGUGCACUUGAUCCUUACUCAUCUUGGCUAGUUAAGGAGGAGGACAGAGGAGGACAGGCUGAGUGGAUGGAGCAGAGAACACCUGUUCCCAGCGCCGAAGCAUUCCGAUGGUUCUUUUAAGCAGUAGUAUAUCUUAUUUUCAAGGCAGCCUGAAGUCUUGUUUUAAGAAACUGCUUAGUCCACCACUGGAGAAUAUAUUCAGAUCCUAUUUUCAUUUAUGUAUAGGGGUUUCCUCAAAAAAAAAGAAAUAAAACCCAAACAGACAACAAAUUAUGAAGUAGAGUGGUCUCCAGGUAAGAUGGGGGAAAGGAGCUUUGGAAGCUUUGGAGAACAGAAUCUGAGAUACAACAAAACAUUCCCUCUCCUGCAGAAAUGCCUGAACAUAAGAUAGUACUGUUUUACCUCCUUUUUCCAUCAUGUUUACUGUCUUCACUUUUAUAUGAAUGCUGUGUCCCCUCCAUGCAUUACAGUUCUUGUUUUCUUAUGUUUUCAUGCUGUUCAGACAACCCUCUUGCAGUCAUUUCUUGCACUUCCUCUCUCAAAUGACUCAACUGCAUUAUUUGCAUUUGGCUCCAGUGUUAACUGUUGCCCAUUGCUUUCCUCUCUAAAGGCCCUCUUAAUAAGAAAACACUCCACAGGAGAGAACAUUCACCAGCUUUGUGAGGGCCACUCUCUUAUCAGGAGACCACCAUAUCUGGGACCCUGGGAAAUUGGCCAAUUAACUCACAUUCAGUAAAACACAAAUCUUUUUUGAUGUAAUUUAGCUAUACUAGUGAAGUUGUUGUCUAUUUUUAAAGUGGCUGUAAAAAAGUUUGGGUAAACCCCUGCUAUAAAAUAAUGUAUCUUUACAAAGUACCAUAUCUAUACUUCAUUUGCCAAUAUAUGUGUUUCAGUACUGUAAACUGUACAGAUAGCAGCUUGUAUUUUAUGUGUUUAGACACAAAGAGACAAUCACGUCUGAGCAUCUAUGGAGAUUAACUGUUUGUACACAACCAUGCGAUUCUGCAAAUUCAAUCCGGAGCAAUAAAUCCAAGCUUUAAGUAUUAUUUUUGCCAGUUGUCCAGUAACAGCAGUAGCAGAGGGAGCACUAUUGUUGUUGGGUUGUGUUUUCUUAAAAACCAUGUGCUCCUCCAUGAUUCCUAAUGCAAAAUUGGACAGGAGUAAAGAUAAUGAUGAAUCCACCAGUAUCUUCAGACCAUACUGUUGUACAGAAGGAAAGACACAUGAUGUAAGAAUUAAUCUUCAUGAGCACUAUAUUACAGCAGAGAUGCUCCACUUGCAUUGCUUCUGAAAGAGCUUUACUGUAACAUCUACUUGUCAGUUAACUGGUUUUGUAUUCCACCACGACAUUGAGUUUACAUUAUCAAUUGAUAUCCAAGGGCUCACUUCAGCAGCACAUAUACUAAAAUAGGAAUGAAUUGAUAUCCAAAAUUAAUGUUAUUCAGAGUCAUUUCCAAAUUAUUUUACAAUAUCAAGUAAAAAGAGGCAGUGUCUUAGAAGGAACAGGAAUCUGUCACUUCAUAUAUUUACCUUCCUGUGAUAAGUUGCUUUAUUGGGAGAGUGAGAAUGCUUUAUACCAGUGGUUCACAACCUGUGGGUUUCCAGGUGUUUUGGCCUACAACUCCCACAAAUCCCAGCGAGUUUACCAGCUGUUAGGAUUUCUGGGAGUUGAAGGCCAAAACAUCUGAGGACCCACAGGUUGAGAACCACUAGAGUAUCUCAAAACUAUUUUUGCUCCAUGUGUACCUUUAAUUCUUAGACUAUUUUGCGGAUUUCAACAGAAUUUCAUAUUCUUUGCAAUCUUCUCUCCCACAUCAGAAGAUUCUGAUCUCUUGUAAGAUUUUUACAAAUGUUAGCACUUUUAAUAAAAGAAUGAAUAAUGGAAAAUGAGUUAUUGGUCCUCUACAUUUGCAGGUUUAACUUCUGUAAAUCUGUUUAUUGGCAGAUUUGAUUAAUAUGUUCUUCUGUAGACAUCUCAGGGGCCUUUGGGACAAUUCUAUGAUCAACUUCUGCUCAAAAUUGACCACUGAGUCAUGUUGGAAGAUAUAGAGCAGUGGUUUUCAACCUGUGGGUCCCCAAGUGUUUUGGCCUACAACUCCCAGAAACCCCAUCCAGUUUACUAGCUGUUAGGAAUUCAGGGAGUUGAAGGCCAACACAUCUGCAUACCCACAGGUUGAGAACCACUUAUCUAGAGAUUCCUAGAAAGAAGAUGUCUCUAGAAUUCUACAUCCUGCAGAGUGAUCCUAUAGGCAACUUCCCAUGGAAGUUGACCACAUAGUGGCUGUGAAAGACUUGAGAUACUGUUUCAGAUUUCUAAGGUGGUUUUUAAUUUAUAGUUUUCCCACUUUCAUUAGGUCCUGCAUCCCUAACACUCACAAAAGUGAAGGGUCUACUGUAUUAUGAUUUGCUCUGCUUAGUUUCCUUAUACUGGUCCCAUUAGCAAUAGGUGGAAUUCUCCAAUCCAUUCACUUUCCUGCUCAGGCUGUGCUUAAAACCAACCAGAAACAAAACAAGGGUAGGAUAGUGCAUUUCAAACCAUAUCAAGGUAACAUAUCUGUAGCCAUCUUGUUAGAAAACAGAACUUUGUGUACUUCAAAGAAAACAAAAUAAAAUAGAUGAAGAGAAAUAUGGGGUAGGGAAGGUGUUUAGGAAUGUGCACAGCCCCAAUUGUACUAAAGACAGCAUAGAUGUAGAGCGUGAGAGCCAUCUUAGCAUCCUGCAAACUUCAGCCGAAUCAUCAUGCUUGCAUAUUGUAAUUAAAAAAUAGCUUUCCUUGGUGCAAAAAGUGUGUGGGUGUCCACUGAAAACAUGCUGGCAGUUUGUAAAACUUUGUAAGCCAGAGGCUGGUUGUACAGGCUUCUAGUGCUUCUCAUAUGGAUGGAUAUUCUAAUUUUUAUAUUUGGUAAAUCUUAUACUCCAGUAUACAUUCCCAUAACCAAAGAUGCAUAUUUGAGAUCCCAUAAUAUUGAUGGAUGACUUAUAUUUUGGCUUGAUAUCCUCACAAUUGUUCUGUUGUGCUAAAAAGAGUUAGUUUUAUGCUUUUGUGAUUCAUGUUUAGAGAUGAAGAUUCCCACCUACAUUUCUUGCUACAUGCAGAAUUUGUGUGUGAGACAGAUAUUCCUGGUUCAUUUAUUUGAAGUACCAAUAUUUAUGCUAUUUGGCAUAUAUUAAUUCCUGAAGUUGGCAUUUCAUAAAAUUCUUUCCUUUCCUGUCAUCUCCUCUACCCAAAUUUCAAAACAACCAAAGCAUACUGGCCAUUUCACUGUAGGAACACAGGCAUUCAAAUAUAUAUGAAAUCGACUGUUUCACAUCGUCUAUUCCUAUAGCAGAAGACAUUGCCACAAAAAUGGGAAUUUCAUGUGCAGAAUUCUAAUGCCCAGGCAGGCACAAUAAUAGGAAAAGUAGUCAGAGCAUUUUCUUCAGAAUGUUAUCUCAAUUUGUUUUGUUUCCUUUCUUUUCAUUCUAUCAGUGAGAAAAUUCAUAAGCCUGAAGAGUAUUCGGUGUUUUGGACAGUAGCAAAGUGUUAUGAUUUAAGAUAAGGAGAAAAAGGCCAUCACUAUGAAUCAUUUCCUUUCUCUAACCUGUUUCCGACUGCCAUUAAAAGAAAGGGUUUUGUUACUGGCUUUUAAUUGUUGGUUUCUAUCAAUUUUAUGACAACAUAAGCUCUUCAAGUAACAUUUGCAAGGUAACAAAAACAAAGUAAAUUAGUUCUUGCACACCUCUCAGCAAAGAUAUGAUAGAUAAUUCAAAGAAAAUGAAACCUACUUGCCGUAUUGCUCAUGUAUAACUUGACUUCAUGUAUAAGUUGAGGACAUGUUUGGGGGCCAAAAUUAUGAAUUUUUAUUUGACCCAUGGAUAACUUGUGUGGGUCAUUCCAAGGAGAGAAGAAAGCACAAAUGCCACCUCAGGGGGCCCAACAUUCCUGGCCACUACCAUUUCUCCAUCCAGAUACUCAAAAAGCCCAGAAGCGGCAUCACAGUGGAGAAAGCAGAGGGGGAAGUUGAGGGUUCUUUUAGAUCAGAUGGACUAAGUUUCUGCCUUUUCACCAUUGUAUUCAGAAAAGGGGAUGGUUUCUUUUUUGAUAAGGGUUAAGAUACAGUAUACUCAUUAAUUCAAGGAAGUCAGCCCAAGUUUUUUGAGUUGGUUUUUGGACUAGACUUAUAUAUGAGGAUGCAGGGCAUGUCUCAUAUAUAUCAAGAGAAUGUUAAAGUGAUGAAAACAGCAAUCCAAAGGAUAAGGACACCAUAGAUGACGCAUACCCCCAUUGGGUUAUUACCAGCAGAGCAGAAGAAUAGGUAGAACUAAUUUCAAUUCUUUCCUGGAUUUUAUUUUUUAAGCAACCCCAGUAAAGCUGGAAAGGAGUUAAGACAGAGUGUAAAGAGAGAUUAAAACACAAAGUUUUGCUUAUUUUAUUUUUGCAUCAAAUUGCAAAAGUAUUCUCCCUUUUGGACCAGAUUACAAGACAUUUUCUGCAUGUGGAAUUAUUUCAUCAUGUGUGUGAAAUAUUAAUUUGUGCCAAAAAGUAGAAAUUAGUGAGUGGUUUUUCCUCUAGAAAAGUGUUUUGGUUAAAAAAUAAACAAACCAAAAAAGCCCUCUUUUUGUGUAGCCAAACUGGAUUUUGGAGGUUUUUUACACAUUUUUCUCACAAUAGGGGUUUUGUCCAAACUUUUAAAAAAGCCCAAAAACAUUUUCUCAACAUGCUUUUCCUAUCAGCAUGGGAAUAAGUAUAUUUAUUAACAUAUCUAGCCUGCCAUCCCGAUAUGCUAUGGUCCUAGGGAUAUAUUCUUUGGACUAUAGCAGUGGUUCUCAACCAGUGGGUCCUUGGGUGUUUUGGCCUACAACUUCCAGAAACCCAAGCCAGUUUCCCAACUGUUAGGAUUUCUGGGAGUUGAAGGCCAAAACAUCUGGAGACCCUCAGGUUGAGAACCACUGAACUAUAGCAUUGCAGUUUAAGGUUGCUUUUAAAAGACGUUGAUUUCUAUGAGAUUUGUGGUCCUAACUUUAUGAGGACUGAGAUUGGGCCAUUCUAGAUUAACUGAUCAGUUUUGUAAAUAUUUGGGACAUUCUCUGUGUAUUUCUAAUGGAAAUCCUGCAGGGAAAAUCUACAGUCUCUUUAUGAAGAGAUGAAAGGUAGUAACAAUUUAAAGCAAGGUCUUAUGAAAAGUGAAUGAAUGCUCCCAAGUCCUGAUUGCAGAUUUCUACCUCUCACAUGAGCUGCACUUUGAAUUAUUUUCCAUAUGUACAGUAUGUGCACCAAUAUGCAAAUAGCUGUGUCAAGAACCAUGAAACAAGCAGGCAAGAGAUAAUUAACUAUCUUGAUCUCUUUGAGCUGGAAAAGUUUGGAGGAACCUGUGAAAGCAGAAAUAGUACCAAAUUUUAAUGACAAUAGGCUGAUGAUCUUUUCAGCUGAUACAUAGUCCUGACCUACAUGCACAUCCAUAGCUGUAGGAAGUAAAACAACAUUUCUGUAUUGUUUCAUUCAUGGUUCUUUGAGACAGGUUCAAAGGUAAACACUGUGGCCAAAAUUCAGUUAUUAAUUCCAACAAGAAUAAGUCCAUCAAAUCAAUAGGAACUUGAUAAAUCAACCCAUAUGUCAAUUCACAGGCACUGAAAAUUAGUUUCAAUCUGGAAACUCCUAUCACCAUAAACUUUGAAGCUCUGCUAUCCCACUUUAAAUGUUAUGGCUGCUUUCUGUGUAAUUCUGGGGGUUGUAGCUUAGUGAAUUCCAGAACUGAGAAUGUUCAAGGUCCUUUUGUAAACUACAAAUGCCAGGAUUCCAGAGGAGAAUUUUAAGUGGAAUAGCAAAGAGUUGCUAUGUGAUAAUCUUCCUAAUUUAGAAUCUGGAUCCGUGAGCUGAAGCCCUACAUCAAGCAGGUCGUGUAUACAGCAAUUCCAUGUCUACCUCCACCUAUGCCCUUUUACUGCACAAAAGCUUAUACUCUAUUCCCUUGUAUCCAUUUCACCCACUGCAGCUGGCAAACCCUAAAAAUGGCCAUUGCUCUUACUAAAGAUAGGGGAUAAAGGCUUGCCUCAGCUCGGGAGUGCACUUACAUUUCCCUCAGAGCUACGUAGUCUGAACUGCCUCCCCCAACCCCGGUUUCUUCCUCUUCCCAUCUGUAAGCAGUAGGCAGCCACAAGGCAGAACGAGUGCCCAUAGAACAGUGUUUUGCACUUCAUCCAAAAAGACAGACACAUGCAAGCCCCACUUAUGCAUGCAUGUUGCUGAUAGUGUUCUGGCCAUUGUGUCUCUUUCUUAACCUAUGCUGAUGGCCGUGGAACACCAUCCAAAAUUUUGCUGACAUCAAAGGGCCCUUCCAGACAGUCCCUAUAUCCCAGGAUCUGAUCCCAGGUUUUCUGUUUAUCCUAGAUUAUCUGGCAGUGUGCACUCAUAUAAUAAAGUUUAAAGCAGAAAACCUGGGAUCAGACCCUGGAAUUUAGGGCAUGUCUGGAAGGGCCCAAAGAGACACACCCAACAUCUCCUGUAACACUUCGGGAGGUCUUUGUGAUCUUCUAUUUUUGGCAAAGCCAUUACUCUUGGACUAUAUGUAGCAUCUGCUUUCUGCUAGUUCUUUAUAGAUGGCAUGUGGUCAGCACAGGAAAGCAGGCUAUGCAAUGAAAUAGGGCUAGCUUCCCAAAGGCUUGAUCCUUGCUGGAGAACUCUCCCUGCAGUUCUGGUUCUGUGCCAUCCUGGAUGAGGUCCUUUCAUGGUCUGUACCUUAAUUGUGGAGCAAUGAAGUUGUACAUAGCAUAAUGUUUAAAUAACAAAUGGUUAUUUAAACAUUAUCCUCAUAAGCAAAUUUGUGAAAGCCUUAUUUGUCCACCUGACUGUUAAGCUUGCCUUGUUUGGAAGGAAAGUUUUGUGAUCACUCUUUAACAGAAGCAGGCACAGAAGAAUUUACUUUAGGUGUGCAAUUAUUCACAGCAAUGCACUUCCUGUCUAAUACCCUGAUGUUGCACGUGUCAAUGUCAGUUCAUUUCUGGAGUUUUGUUCUGGUUUGUUUGAUUGAUUUUAAGAGACCUAAUGAAUUUGUAUAUUGUGAUUGUGAUGUUUUACAUGUCAAUCCCAAUUUUUGUUUAAAAAACACACGUGAUAAUGCUUAUUUUUAAAGAAGAAAAACAUGAAUAUAUAUUAUUUUGAUUCCUGCGAUUAUUUCAAAAUUGUCUGAAGUAUAAUUCUACAACAUCAUGGAGCAUUUUCAUUUCAUUGACCCAAUAUCUGUACAUUGUAUUGAUAUAUUUAGAGUGUUUUAGUUAUUAGUGUUUUGAAGAAAGAAAUUUGUUUUCUGCUUUUUUUAAAAUGCUUUUUUCUCCCUGAUGUUCUAUCAAAAAUUAUUUGUAAUGUAGCAGAUGGUUAGGAACUGAAAUCUAAUUUGUAUUUCCUCCUUCAAGACUGCAGCCCUGGGCACGCUUCUUGAAGCAAGCUAUAGACCAGUCAGGGGAGCUUAUUUCCAAGUAGACUUAUAUAGGAUUGUGCUGGAAAUAAGAAAAGUUUCAUAAUGUGAACCACGCACAUAUCCGCACUCUCUGAUCUAGUAGUUUCUUGCCAGAGAAUUCCUUGAAUGGAGAAGUAACACCCACUUUGUGCCUGCCUCAUAUUAAACAUAAGACUCAGAGUUGGGACAAAGGAGUGUAAUUUUAAUGUUUUUUUUAAAGAAACCAAGCACUUCAUAUGUCAAACCAAAUACAAUGUGAGUAUAUAUACCAUACCCCAGAUAAACCUGUUCAAUUAUAAAGCUGCAAGUGAAGCACACGUAGAGAUUAAUAAUAGUAAACUCUGCAAGAGAAAAAGAAAUAUCCCCUUUUGUUCGGAAUCCCCCGGUAUGUAAAGUCAUACAAUUAACACUAAAGCAUAUGAAGCCUUUAAACUGGCUAUGUCUGUAAUCAAAUAAUGGGGAGGAAAAGAAGAAGAAGAAAGUAAUUAAAUGAACACACCAUUCAGGGUCGACUACAUCCAGCAAAAAGCAGUGGUAGGUCUUUGAUCAUGGUUGGUUGCAUAGUGAUAUCAAACGGUUGGUUCCCAUGUAACAGCUAAAUGUUUCAGAUUUUGUUUUUAUUAAAUUUGGCAGUUUCACACUGGGAUCUGCUGAUUCCUGGCACGAAAGAGACAGCUCAAAUAUAAGAAAAUGUUCCAUUUUCACAGUUGCAGGGAGUUGGGAUUACCUCUCCUCCAUCCCAAAAUAUGGGCCACAGCAAUGUACUCCUUUCACACUGUUCUAUUUCUGAACUGUGCAGUUAUCGAUUACAUUUUCUAAUAGAUUUUUUGUGUAAAAUGUAUGUAUGCUUGUGCAAUUAUGAGGGGGGAAAGCAGUUUUGGAAAAUGGUGUGUUUAUUUCAAAUCACUUAUGGGGCAUGUACAAAACUGUAUAAAAACCAUUCAGUUUGCCCAGUAAAGUUGUUUUUGUGAUAUUUCUGUGUUGUUGAAUAAAGGAAUUUAGUACUCUA